AUGGAAACUACGACACCUUUGAACCCUCAACUUCAGUUCGUUAUUGGUAUGCUGUCCGAUUUCUCUCCCAUCAAAUUUUAUAAGAAAUAUGUAAGCUUGCACACAUCUCGUGAGGAAGCUGAGGCGAGCUUGUUAGCUCUGCUGAAAAUUAAGUGUGACCUAUAUUGGGAUUAUAAGAACGUAAAAAUGGCGAAAAGGCGAGCAGAGAAACGAAGAGAGAUUCAUGAGUAUAAUAUGCAAUACAACGUGUAUCAAGAACACGACAUUUACAGCACAAUAAUCACGAAGUUGGCGGGAGAAAAACGAAAAUAUGUCAUAGGCGAAGAUGAAACGUCCCCCAAAAGAAGAUUAUCAGAACUGGAUGCGGAGGAGCGGUUUGAAAAUAUUAUUUACGACACUACUGUUGAAAUUAAUCUCCCCAAAGAUAUCAAAGAAUACCUUCGCGAUUUGCUCAGUGGGGAUAUUAAAAGUGCUUUGUUAAAAGUAAAAGAGCCACUCAAUGAGAACGCGCGACCAUUACUGUUAUGGGCAAAUGAAGUUUGCCGGCACUUUAUUUUUUACUUCCAUUAUGAUGGGUUACAAACAAACAGCGACGAAAAAACUUGGUCCAACCAAACGGUCUAUCGCAUUCUUGAUUUAUUUUCGAUGUUUUUUGGAAAUUUGACAUCAGGAAUUGCCUUGGGUGACAAGAACGAUGCUGUCCUAUAUCAAGAUGAGAACGCUACAGUUGUAUAUGAACAGUCCUUCGGGCCUAAAGAAUUUGAUUCGACGCAAUAUAUGGAAGAUAUAACGAAAUUAGCGCGUAAUGGAAUAGAUGACCUAAAUUAUCACUUCUUACAGUAUGGCAAGUCCUCCGUAACAACGGCGAAAAAACUCAAAUCCAUUGGCAUCCAUGGAUAUGAAUAUUAUGUGUCAAUCUACCUCAUGGAUCUCAUUUGUAAGAAACUAUAUAGGAUAUAUGAAAUAUUUAAUUGUAAAAUUCCAACAUCAUAUACAGAUCGAUGGCUUCUAACUAAUAUUGUAAUGAUAGGCGUCUACUUGGAGGCACUGCUCGUGGAACGACAAUCUGUGAAGGUAAAAAUGUGUGAAGAAGACAUGAUCCCUGUAGAUGGUCCCUAUUGUGUGCGCGAUUGGAUGUCAGUUCCGGAUAACACCCCUGAAACAAAAAGAACAAGUUACUCACAAAACCAAUAA